AUGUCAUGUGGAAUACACGUCAUACUUACGCUGAGUCUUAGUCUAGUGGUCAUCCCAGGUGUGACUUGCAUAUCAUGGAAGACCGAGCCUUCGGAUGUGUCGGUCCGGGUUAACCAGGCAGCGACACUGAUGUGUGAGGUCAAUGAUGGUGGUAAUAGAAUCAUUACAUGGAACAAAGAUACAACAAUAUCUGUAAAUAGCCAAGUGAUAAGUCAAGCUUAUCAAGCACGUUACAGUAUUACGGGAGAAUUUAACCUUAAAAUUGUAAACGUAACCACGUCAGACGAUGGAGAAUUUUCAUGUACAGUUCAGAACUUUACGAGUGGCCGUGCCUAUCUCAAUGUACUUGUGCCCCCUGGUGCUCCAAGUUUGUUUGUCAAUGAUACACGACCCGAUUUAAAUGAAGGGGACUAUGUUUCACUAACAUGUAACUCAUCUGGUGCUAAUCCCGCCCCAACGUUUCGCUGGACGCGAAGAAUUGAUGGAAUUAAAGAGGAUGUUCCAUCUAGUGCUAUUCUAACUGAGAACAUUCAGACCAAAGUUCAAUCUUCUAGUCAAAUUGUGAUAGCUCUACAACCUAGGGACAAUGGAGCCGAAUAUAUGUGUGAAGUUUUCAACAGUUUAAAUGCAGCUAGUACACUUUCCUCUACCCAUGUCUUCUCAGUUUUUUAUGCCCCAAUCAUUUCAUUUCCACCCGCCUACCCUCCAUUUAACAUAUUACUUGGUACAUCUUUUAACAUGGAAUGUCUUGUCAAUGCAAAUCCAUCUGCAACCUCCAUCGUCUGGCGUAAGGGGUCGUCACCAAUACGCACUGGAGCAGGUAGUAGCCUUACACAUGCAUUCCAAAGUGCCCAGAAAUCUGACACAGGAGAAUAUUCUUGUACAGCAACCAAUAGUAUUAACACCAAAGUUUUAUCUACACAACUGACUGUCAUGUAUGCACCGAUCAUCUCCGUACCACCUGAAUAUAUUACGCGUAAAUCUGACGACAUAAGUAUGAGAUGUAACGUGGAUGCCAAUCCGCCCGUGACCUCCAUUCAGUGGCUCAAGAUCGACAGCAGCAUGGGAUCAAGUGGAAGAGAUCUUAACUUGACUAACAUCAAUGUAAGCCAAAUGGGCAACUACUCCUGUAUCGCAAGGAAUCGCCUACAGCUGUCCAAUCAGGUCGCCCGAGAGGAGGAGCGGCGAGGAUAUUCCUACCUAUAUGUGCAAUAUAAGCCCGGUGAUGCCUUUAUAUCCCCAUACAGCCCUGUAAACGCUGGUGAAAAACUCUCACUGCGAUGUUCCGUCAAUGACCCAGGUUAUCCACCCCCAGAGUUUGAAUGGAGACGCGUGGAAACAAAUUCAAAACUUGCUCAGACCACGGCUGACCUGGAGAUCCCUCAAGUUUCCCUGAACUAUAUAGGCAACUACUCCUGUGCAGCGACCAACAUCAUCGGGUCCGGGGGAUCCAGUAUCAUCCAAGUGGAUAUUUACGAGCCAGUUUCAUUCAAGGUGCUGCCCAAUCCAAGGGAGACAAUCUACCACAACAACACAGGCAUUACUUUACAGUGUAUGGUUCAAGGUCGACCUCAGCCCAAUGUCGUUUGGUUUAAAGACGGUGUAAGGUUCGACCAAAACAGUGAUUUUUACACUGUAUCCACCUCUGUCAGUCUUGAGGGCAGCUAUCGAUAUGUUGUCACCAGUCGCGUCUCUUUCCAAGGUCCUGGCCGUGCCUCGUCUCGCGGGACACUACUGUUACAGGACAUUGGGAACUACACAUGUCUGGCUUUAUCAAACGCCACCGGGACACAACAGAGUCACACUAAAGAGCUUCUCAUCUUCUUUCCACCACAGACUGAUGAGGACGAGAAAGUGGCAGCAACAGCAAAUGACACUGCCAGACUAUCAUGUAUGGUCCAAGGAUACCCCAUCCCACAAUUUCAGUGGUACAAAGGGGAAUCACUCUUACCUCUGGGUGGAAGAUUUAACCAAGAACCCACAGUUAAUAUUAGUGUUUCAAAGGCAACAAACAUUUUACAGAUCGCUGAUGUCCAGAACGUAGAUUUUGGAGAUUACCAAUGUAGAGUGCUUAGUGAUCUUGGAACUGCUGUCAAAGUAAUUACGCUGGCUGUGAAAAACAAACCAGAGGCCCCUAUAGGCCUCACUGUGUCCUCCAAAACAUGGGAAUCUGUUUAUCUCCGUUGGAUUCCCGGAUUUAACGGGGGAGAGUCCCAGACAUUUUAUAUUCGCUACACGAGUCUACCCCACUCAUCACAUGGUGCUAACGAUGUCGAUGUAUCGACAGCAGAUGAGUACAAUGUAACAGGUUUAAUGCCGGAUACAACAUACGACUUUAAAGUUUAUGGUGUGAAUAAGCUUGGACAGGGAAAUCAUUCGGAGUCUAUUAAAGUUACCACUCAAAAGCUGACUUUCCCAGUGAUAAAAACAGUGCCGGUAUAUAAAAGCGAAGACAAGAAAUUGACGUUGGAUAUCGACAUUAAUAUUACUUUCUGUGUUCGUAUUAAAGUCAGUCGCAAUGGCGGCACAACAUGGUCAACAGUUAUUUUAAAUAGUGUGGAUUGCUUUGACGCUUCGCAGAAAUCCUAUUCAGUGCUAGAGGAUGGUAUUAAUAAACUAAAUGUUUCGCUGUGUCUGCGUUCUCGGCAGGAAGUGUGUGGUGCUCACGUGACUGCAGAAAUCCGCCAGGCCAGUAACCCAGAUCUCUCCGCGACGGGAGUCAUUGCUAUAGGAGCUGUGUGUGCCGCAGUCCUCAUCGCACUGCUCUGUGUUCUCGUCUAUUUCAUUUGCCGGCGGCGACAAAAUAACGCUGCCAAAGACUAUGAAAACGCACAAAAUGCCAACAGGCAGACACAGCCGGUAAACGGCAUAAAUAUUCCUGCCAAACCAAAACGAGGCUUCGACAAUCCAGGUAUGGACACAACAGAGUUUUACGAGUCCUAUCAUCUGGACCAAACGCGUGGCAUGAGUGGUAGUACUAAUAUGUAUUCUGGACUGAACCAUAUGAAUUAUCCUUCUCAUGCUAAUAAUGGCCACACCCCCAAUGGGAAUAUCCCUCUAGACACCUCAUACGAUUCUCAAUUAGAGAAACGUCUGUAUGAAAACGAAAUGAACAGACGAAACGACAAUAUGAAUAGCGAGGCUUUUAAUCACAACAAACAAACAGAUUCAUCUAUUCAUGGAACACCUAGAAAAGAUCAACAACAGUACAUUGACCUCCAUCCGGAGGACCAUAAAGAGGGCGGAAGUUUUGGAAGUGGCAUGGAGAGUGGUUAUUCAACUCCUGAUUCAUCCAAACCAAAAAAGGUUAUUUACGAGGUUGUUGUAUGAUGUUCUGGAGCCACUUGUGCUAUUUAUAGUGUCGUGAAGUACCUGUGAGGCUACAUGUUGUCAUGGUGAUCAGGACAAAAAAAUCUGCCUCAUUCUGAGGAGCAUAGCCAAGAGGCUGCCUCAUUCUGAGCAGUGUGACAAAGAGGCUGCCUCAUUCUGAGCAAUGUGACAUAGAGGCUGCCUCAUUCUGAAGCAGUUUUAUGACACCAUGUCAUUGAUGAAUUGACCUCUGUGACAAUUUGUGCUUCCAAAAAUCUCCAAGCAUGGGUAUUCCCAGUUCUGUGUCGUCUAUGUUUGUGUUGAUGCCAUAAGUGUUCCUCAUUUCUAUUGGUGGAAACCAAAAAUCCCCAUGCCUCUUGUUGUAUAUGAUACAAAAAUCCCAAGCUGGUUACCAAAAUUGUUGCCAUAGUAACAUCACAACACCAUUUGUUCUGAUGACUGAUUUAAAGAGUCUCUUUGCAAGGCUUAAUGGAUUUUUACCUUGUUGUCAAGGCGACAGCAUUACCUUGCUGUGAAGGCGACAGCAUUACCUUGUUGUGAAGGCGACAGCAUAUUCUUUAUAGUAAACAUUUUUUUUUAAAAAGUGCUCUAUGAGGUUUAACUAUGAUCCACAUCUACAAACGUUUAUAGGAUGUAGGAUUUUUUAACAUGGUAAUCAAGCAUGAUUAUGAUCUCGAAAUUCCAUGUGCUCAGGGGAAGCAAGACAUGGGAAGACAUUUAUUCUGGCGAAGAGAAUCGCUGUAUGUGUAGGCAAACACAUGUACCCGUAUACGCAGACGACAUGACACCCACAAAACUUUUGUAUACGCAGAAGUCAUGACACGCAUCCUGCUGUACGCUGAUGUCUGAUCGCAAUAAUACACAAUAGUUUUAAGUCUAUAUAAAUCAUUUGUCAUCAUUUAACAAAGUGAAAGUGUAAAUAACUCACAAAUUCAAUAAUUUAUGACAUUAGAAAUUGUUUUCCUUAAAAAAAUCAUUGAAGGAAAUAACUUGCAAUAACAUAUUUUUUUUCUGAAAUCCAGUAGAAUUGUCAUUUGUUGAAUAUGAGACUUUACUGCCAUCUUUGUCAUCAAAUAUUGUUGUCUUUGCUGCAGAGGGGGUUUUUCAUGAUUGGUGCUCAGUUGUUAAUCAUGUUAUGUGUCUCUGGUUCCAUUUCAGUUAUGAAAGAAAUUUUGAAAUAAGGUUUGAAAUAUUCAAAUAUAUGUUAACUUAAAACAUGAUUGAUAUUUUUGCCCACCAUAUAUGUUUUGUGCUUAUGUUCAUUUCUUAAAACUUUGUAAGUGCAAAACCAAAAUUUGUGUUCUGCUAAGUGUAGAAUAUUCUGUUGUUUUCAGGAAAUAUCUUCUUUAAUCCAAAAAUUAUUUAAAUCAGUACAAUCUAUCAACGUGAAAUAUCUAUAUAUAAAGAUUUUUAUUACAGAGUGUAUUUAAUUUUUAAAUAUGUAAAUUUUAAAUGUUGCUGUAAAUCACAAAGUGGCCAACCCGAAAGAAAAUUGUUUGUUGUUUUAAAUACUCAUUCAAUAGACGCAUUCACAUGAAAUAUAUGGUUUAAAUUCUGUUUAUGGAAAUUAAUUUAAAAUUUAACAAGAAAAUUGACUUUCUAAGGGUGAGAGAAAAAAAUUAUGCUCCAUGUUGAUAAAAACUUAUCGUUUAGUUAAAUAUUGAAAAUAUAUCUUUGUCAUGAGAAUUUUCUUUAAAUUAACCUGAAAAUUCAAAUUUAAUCAUACAUAUGCUUUGGUCCUAUACUGUUUGUUUCUUAAUAUAUAUACAGGCAGAAAGAGUGUGUGUGUUUUUAUAUAAAAAAAAAUGUUGCGUGAAUGUUUUUUUUUUUUUUCUCUCUUUUUUUAACUCAUGUACCUCAAAGUUGUAAAUACAAAAAAAUAAUUUUGUGUAUUACCCUUGUAAUGUCCGUGGAUUUGAAAGUUCGGCUUCAAAAGCCAGUGUGUUUGAAUAAUCAGAGUUCAAGGGUUUUCAUUUUGGCCUUGUUCAAAGUUUUUGGAGAAUAAGUUAUGUUCAGGAUAAUGAACUCAAAAUCAAAAUAUACCAAUUUUGAAGGUAUAUUAUCAUAAAACAUUGAAUCAUUGGAGAAAUAUUUCUUAUUUCUUUGAUAUUAAAAAACAAAACAAGAAAAAAUUGUAAUUACAUUUUUUUUAUUCUUUGCAUAAAUCUAAACUAAAACAACUAAAAUGCUUUAAGAUUUGAUUUUUCAAAAUCAUCACUGACUAAAGCAGAAAGGAGCGUUGGCAUAACUGUUUAUAAUGUUUUACUUGAAUUAAAAAUAGAUCUCUCGAUGGCUACUUCAGAGAGUAAACUUAAUGAAUAAACAUGUUUGUUACAAGAGAAACUCUUCAAAAAUUUAAUUACCGGAAUAUAAUUUGAAUUCCAAAAAUGAUUGAAGAGAAUAAAAAUGAAUCUCCUUGGUUUGUGAGAAAACAUAAUUAUUUUUGUACAUUUUUUGUAAUUCUAUGAAGUUGUAAAUAUUUAACUAUGAAACAUAUCGUCCAUAAAACACAUAUAUCUUACACAACAAAAUAUUAUCCUGAAAGGGGAGGUAACUUGACCUCCACUCUGAAUAAUGCCACACUAAUCAAAAUCUUUCACUGAUUGAAGGGAGAUAACUCCAAUUUUAUAAAUAUUUUCUUUUCUGUGCCUUUCAUGAAAUAAAUUUCAUACUGAUGCAAGUUAUAUGCACAUAUCAUAUUUUUCAUUCAAUCUAAUUUUUGAGAUGCAAUAUCUUGAACCGUCCGUCAUCAAAAAAAAAAAGAUGCACUGCUUUAAAUAUAUAGAUCAGAAAUACCAUGACACAUCAAAAUCACUUGCCUUUAGAAUGCUGUCAUUUUUCUCCCAUUACAACUGUACUUAGAUUUGGCAAAAAAUUAAAGUGUUGGAAAGUGUUUUUGUUAUUAGUUCCCUUUUAGGUAGAUAUUUUCGUGGUUUCAGAAUAAAACUGUUGGUUUAAUAGUUCCUGGUUCUUUGUUUCCUGUUAUAGAUUCUGUAAUAAUGUUUCGUGUUGAAUAUCUGUUUCUUUAUCUAUAGACCUAACCACUGCCAACUGAUCAUUCAGUUUCCUUUCUGUGAAGUUAUUUUUCCCUUAAAUAAUUAUAAAUUUUCACAUUAUCUGAUCUCUAAAUGUGAAUUUUAAAUUUACAUGAAAGUCAUCCCAAACACUUUUUAGAUUGCUGAAAUAUAUUAAUAUUUUUAUCCCUAAAUAUCAGUUAUUACUUACAUUAAUUAAAAUGUUAGCCCAGAGGUGACCAUAUUGAAACAAAACUAAUAAUUAUGAUACAAACUAGAGAGAAAUUAGAUAUAUUAAUCUUUAAAAUUUUUAAGUUAAAGAAAUAUAGUCAAGAAUUAUAAAUGUAAAACAAUUUUUUAAUCGAGAGUCAAGAUGUAUAUAUUGUAUGCAUGUCAGCAUAGUUAGAAAUACUGUGACAUAAGAUUACAGAUGUUUGAUAUACAGGAUCUGGGUUAACCAAAAUCUAACAGUUCCAGUCGUUGCAUUCAGACCAACCAUUUUAGAGGAUGAGUGUUUUUUUGUUGUUUUUUUUUUUUUCAAAGAAAUUCAGUGAGAGAACUUUUGCAGAAGAUGUUAAUCAAAAGUAGAUUAUGGAAAGCGAGAGACGAUCAGAGGGUUAGAAUGAAAAAAGAAAAAUUGGAGAAAGCUAAGGAUGAAAGUGAAAGUAUAGGAAUACCAGAACUGGUGUUUGAUAAUGAAAGCGUGAAAGAUGAAAAAGAAGCUGAGAUAAUGAGUUGAAUUAGAAAGGGUAUAAGAGAGUGAUAGAACAGAUGAUUGAGAGUGGCAGAGGAAAGAAAAAAAGAUGUUAGAAAAAAUGAGAUGCUGUGAGUGAGAGAGGAGAGAACAGAGAUAUAAAGGUACAAAAGAAAGACUUGCACAAGUCAUUUUAUUUUUGCACCUUUAAAUAUUAUGUAUAAAAAUCAGCAUGUAGAUUUAUUUAUACCUGUAUCUAGCGCCUGUACAUUGUAGAAAAUCUAAUUGAACAUUUUUGUAACAAAGAAUGAAAGAAAAAAA